AUGUCAUCAGCUAAGACGACCACGGCCUCUUCAGAAGCUGACAUAGCAUUCCCAGCGGUGUUGAAAGGGUCUCAAAAGCAGAGAGUCCCACCCCCGGUCCCUCCCCGAGGAUCCCCAAAAGCUAAAAGAGGAGGAGGCAACACACAAGCAUCUAGCCUCGACACAAAAGGUGAUUAUCCAAACUUAAGCAUAUCUGUGAGUGACAUUCCUCCGCAAACACCUAUCACAAGCAGUGAUGACGAUUUCUGCUUUUACGGGCAUGACUUUAUUUUCAAAGAACCUAUUGCAUGUCGCAUCCCACCGUCAGUAUCCGAGAGUUCUGUUACAAUAACCAAAUUGGCAGCCUCUAACAUGUUUCUCGAUUAUGUUGAGGAACCAGACUCUACUACAAAGAGAUCGUACCCUGACAAGGCAUUAAUCGAUCAGACCGAUAUGAUGGCCAAGUUUAAUAUAGACAAAACUCUUAUAAAACAUUUAGACACAUUAGAUGACGAUGACACUUCUCUUACGGAAUCAAGUAGCGAAGAAAGGACAGUUAUGCAGGAGUUAAAUGAUUUUACCAAAAAAGCAAAGGGCGGGCAGUCGAAGAGUCCCUCUCGAUUCAUUAAGGAAGUUGUAUCACACAUUGGAGACAAAUUAUCCCGGAAAUCGCUGACUAAUUUGGAUUCUUCAACAGAAAAAGUUAGUGUUUAUAACGUUAAUUCAUCGGAUUUAAUUAUUGCUGCAAAGUCUCUAAAAAAGGUAACUAAUACUGAUAAACCGAAGAUGUUGCCAAUUCAUAAAGUGAAUACUGACACAAAAGUUGACAAGAAUGAUUCCAAAUCGGGAAUAAUAUCUGGGCUCACUAAAAAGUUAAACUUUAACCAAUCCAAAAAAGAAAAGAAUCUUCUACAAGAAAAAAAGGCAAAACCAACAGUUGAAAUUCGAAGUUAUGGCAUGACACAUGGAUUGACUAAAGAUGAAGUGAUCUGCCAUAAAAAAGCAAAAACCAAAAUCGAUAUGUUUCAAAAACACAUUUGGAAUGCGCAAACCGAUUCUGAUAGUUCAAUACGUAGUUCGUUCUCUUCGUCUCAAGACAGUAAAAGAUCUGAAAACCUAAUUGACGUUCAAGUUCUUGUAAAAGAAACUAAAAAGAUAUUUGAGCCAAUAGAAUAUACAAAUGGAAGUUUGACCUCUAUUGACAAAAACCAUUUCUCACCAGCUACGACUACGGUUAAGCCAGUCUUUUCCAAAGUAAUUGGUGGCAACGUUCACGAGAAAAUAAAACAAUUCUCCGAAACACCAUUGACUAAAACUCCAAACAAACCUAGACAGAAAAAGAGAGGAAGUUUAAAAAGAAAAUCUGAUAAGAAAAGAAUAAUGAAAGUGAAGAAAGAUGUCGAAGAAAUGUUAUAA